AUGAAGGUGCUUAGAGCUGGGUCGAAGGAGGCCGCCUCCUGUCCGGCCAUCAUCUCUGUUGCAGGAGCCACGGUGGACCUCCCCCCCGAACAGUGGAAGCUGCUCGAUGAGGAUAAGCAUCCGCUCACGGCCCGUCUGUUCGACUUUGUCACCGGGGACUUGUUCGACAAGAAGCGCUCGAACGCGAGCAUGCUCAUUCUGCUUCACCCCGAUCACCUGUCGCUUGACGGUGACGAGACUUGGAACACGCGGUUUGUUCGCGUUGCUAUUCCCACUGGUGGUGCGGAACACGUCACCGCGGCAGAUGCGAUUGUGGACGCGGGCCCGAGUGGUGAGGUCGCGGGCAAGAGUCCCGUGACAGGUCCGCAUGAUCACGCGUCCCUGUCCUCGUUGCCAUCGCAUAAGCUUGCUGUCAAGAUCCUGCAGCUCGAAUGCAGGCUUGCAGCGCAGGCCGAAGAGAACGCACGGCUGAAGAAACGCCAGGAGUCGGGGGUUGGUGGGGUCGCGGUCGUGGGCUCUGAGGAGCUUGCGUCCGCGCUUGCUAAUGCGGUUUGGGUGUUGGAGAAGGAGGCGCGGGCGAUUGCGCAGGAAAGGGCGGCCCUGGUCGAUACGCGUAACCAGGAGGCGUUGGUGCUGAGGCGAGUGGACGCGAGGCUGGGACAGCUGCAGGGGGUGGUGGCAGACUCCAUGGAAGCCGCUCAGAAGAAGCUGAUGGACGAGGUUGCGGGAAGUUCGACAACAUGUCGACCGCGGGGCAAGGGUAAGGCGGAGGAUGGAGAGGCGCCGGCAACUGCAGGUUCGCUGGCCUCGAGGCGUGAUGUCCAGUCCGCAGCGGCUGCUGCGGCAGAGGGCAGGCAGACCACGCUCGCACCCGCUCGUGCUGUAAUCACCACGGGAAAUCUGCACAGCGCACUGGCAUCUGCAGGUCCUAUCGCGGCCUCGGUCGAGGUCAAGGCGGAGAAACGCGGACGGGGUGGCAAGAAGUUGCCCCCUCCACCCGUGUACACGAUCGACGAGGACAAGGCGGAUACGGAGCUGGAGGGUCUCAUGAGCAGGUGGGUCGAGGCGGGCGACGGAGGAGAGCAGGGUGGGGAGGCCGCGGUCGAUGUUAAUUGCGCCGGGGAGAGCGCGGACGAGCAAGACGGAGACCCCGUGAUCGUGGAAGGUGGCACAACGGGAGGACAUGGUGAUACCGGCCCCAAUCGCAGGGGCUGUGGCAUCCGCGCUCCACCUAGGGGCGGGCCCGGAUUGGUUUCUGAACCCCAUAUAGGGGGGAAGAAGCGAUGGCUUGGACACGCCGACCGCCAAGACCUGCAGUACAGGACCGCGAUCGCGAUGUAUCCCUACGACGGGAAGGUCGACCCCGAGCUGAACCUGAGCCAGCAGCAGAUCCGAGAAUGGGCCGCGGACCUAUCCAUCGCCGAGGGGUUACAUAUGGGCCUCUUAAUCACCAUGCACUACCGCAACCUCGUGGCAAGCAAGGACAGGUGGCAACGCAUGUUCGAUUCAUAUCGCGGGCUAACCAAGCCCGGAAUGCAUACCACCAACGUGAUUGCAUGGGCCGCGGUGGUAGGCAAGGACGGUGCAGCAGAAGAAGCGGAUCUCGGCGAUGUGGAGCCGACAGACUACGCGAGAGCGAUCGCAUGCGCCAUUGCAAUGGUGUGGGAGGUCACUCGCAGUUCUAACAUCAUUGCCGCAGCAGAUAAUGGAAAUCUCGCCGCGCGUGCUGCUGGUUGCUAUGGAGAGCGAAGCCGUCUCUUCCCCGUAGUAUCCGCGUACGUCAUCAAUGCGGUGCGGGAGUGCAAUCGCCGCGAACAUUAG